CGCACGCGCAGAACGUGCUCCAAAGGCCUUAUUUAGGUUGCGCAGGCGCCUGCUGGCCAUUUCUUCUCAGCCACGCCGAGGUCGUGUAUCUUGGCUGCUUGGACGCCGGGAUUCGCGAGGAGACGAUGAUGUUGGGCACCGAGGGCGGAGAGGGAUUCGUGGUGAAGGUCCGGGGCUUGCCUUGGUCUUGUUCUGCCGAUGAAGUGCAGCGGUUUUUUUCUGACUGCAAAAUUCAAAAUGGGGCUCAAGGUAUUCGUUUCAUCUACACCAGAGAAGGCAGACCGAGUGGCGAGGCUUUUGUUGAACUUGAAUCAGAAGAUGAAGUCAAAUUGGCCCUGAAAAAAGACAGAGAAACUAUGGGACACAGAUAUGUUGAAGUAUUCAAGUCAAACAACGUUGAAAUGGAUUGGGUGUUGAAGCAUACUGGUCCAAAUAGUCCUGACACGGCCAAUGAUGGCUUUGUACGGCUUAGAGGACUCCCCUUUGGAUGUAGCAAGGAAGAAAUUGUUCAGUUCUUCUCAGGGUUGGAAAUCGUGCCAAAUGGGAUAACAUUGCCGGUGGACUUCCAGGGGAGGAGUACGGGGGAGGCCUUCGUGCAGUUUGCUUCACAGGAAAUAGCUGAAAAGGCUCUAAAGAAACACAAGGAAAGAAUAGGGCACAGGUAUAUCGAAAUCUUUAAGAGCAGUCGAGCUGAAGUUAGAACUCACUAUGAUCCACCACGAAAGCUUAUGGCCAUGCAGCGGCCAGGUCCCUAUGACAGACCUGGGGCUGGCAGAGGGUAUAACAGCAUUGGCAGAGGAGCUGGCUUUGAGAGGAUGAGGCGUGGUGCCUAUGGUGGAGGCUAUGGAGGAUAUGAUGAUUAUAAUGGCUAUAAUGAUGGCUAUGGAUUUGGGUCAGAUAGAUUUGGAAGAGACCUCAAUUACUGUUUUUCAGGAAUGUCUGAUCACAGAUAUGGGGAUGGUGGCUCCACUUUCCAGAGCACAACAGGGCACUGUGUACACAUGCGAGGAUUGCCUUACAGAGCCACUGAGAAUGACAUUUAUAAUUUUUUCUCACCCCUCAACCCUGUGAGAGUACACAUUGAAAUUGGUCCCGAUGGCAGAGUAACCGGUGAAGCAGAUGUUGAGUUUGCAACUCAUGAAGAUGCUGUGGCAGCUAUGUCAAAAGACAAAGCAAAUAUGCAACACAGAUAUGUAGAGCUCUUCUUGAAUUCUACAGCAGGAGCAAGCGGUGGUGCAUACGAACACAGAUAUGUAGAACUCUUCUUGAAUUCUACAGCAGGAGCAAGCGGUGGUGCUUAUGGUAGCCAAAUGAUGGGAGGCAUGGGCUUGUCGAACCAGUCCAGUUACGGUGGCCCAGCCAGCCAGCAGCUGAGUGGAGGUUACGGAGGGGGCUAUGGUGGCCAGAGCAGCAUGAGUGGAUAUGGUAGCCAAGGAGCAGUGAGCAGCAGCUACUACAGUAGUGGAAGCCGUGCGUCAGUGGGCGUGAACGGAAUGGGAGGGAUGACUGGCAUGUCCAGUAUGAGUGGGGGAUGGGGAAUGUAAUUGGUCCUCAUCACUGACUCUUGGUCAACUUUUUUAACGGAAAAAAAUACAACUUUGGUUUAACAGUUUCCGCCAUAUGAGCUUGUGAUUUAUGCUUACUUUAUAAGUGGGAAUCAAGAUUGUCAGCAUAAGGUGCAGUAUUUUUGGACGUGCGUCAUCUGGGAUGUAACAGCGGCAAAGUUAACUAUAUAACUGUUAAACAAUUUUCAGCUUUUCUCAAGUUAGUUAUAUUGUAGGAUGUACUUAAACAGUAAGUGUAUUUAGGUUAAAGCAGUUGAAUUAUGUUAAAUGUUGCUCUUAUACCACAUUACAUCAAACACUGUUUGGGUGCAUGUUGAAAGACAUGCUUUUUUGUAAAACAAUAGGGGCUGUGUCUACAAUUAAAAGUGAAACAUUUGGCAUGUUUGUUAAUUCUAGUUUCAUUUAAUAACCUGUAAGGCACGUAAGUUUAAGCUUUUUUUUCUAAGUUAACGGGGAAAUUUGAGACGCAAUACCAAUACUUUAGGAUUUUGGUCUUGGUUCUUGGUGUUUGUAUGAAAUUCUGAGGCCUUGAUUUAAAUCUUUCAUUGUAUUGUGAUUUCCUUUUAGGUGUAUUGCGCUAAGUGAAACUUGUCAAAAAUAAAUCUUCCUUUUAAAAACUGCA